AUGCAGACCCCUGGUCAUGAAUCUAGCCUCGAGCUAGCCCCGCAGUCCUGCCAAUCCUGCAGGUCGAGCAAGAGGAAAUGCGACAAGGCACUGCCUAGAUGCUCCCUCUGCGCUAAGCGUAAUAGAAGUUGUGAAUAUUGGAGACCAGAGCCACUCAGUCACUCGGCCAUCGCGUCAAGCCCAGAGCGAGGAUGGUACCCCUCUCCCCUGGAUGAGCAGGCAGAUAUUCAGACUAUUGAUUUCCCGACCAUCUUGUUUCUUGAUCCGGCUCUACUACAGCACAGCUUACUAGAAACUUUACCUACGGCAGGGACUACAGUCCCGCAGGAUAUUCUACAACUCCUAGGGGAUUUAGAUGAAAUCCAGCUCACGGCAAUGCGGUUUUUCAAGCAUAUUCACCAGUGGAUGCCCUUCAUCUCGAAGAAGCGAUUCUACGAUUUAUACCUACAGCCCGCAUUCCGCUCAAGGCCUGAUAUUGUUCUUCUUUUGUUAGCACUGAAACUCAUCACUACCUUCCCGCCGGCUGGUUCUCGUAGUCCUCGGACAGCCUUAUAUAACUCAACUAAACAUUUUUAUCUAAAAGUGGAAGAGUCUUUCUCUAUUUUAGUACUGCAAGCCGGAGUUCUUAUUGCUCUUUAUGAACUAGGACACGGGAUCUACCCGGCUGCGUUCUUGUCGAUCGGGGCCUGUGCGAGGUAUGCCCAUGCCUUGGGUAUUAAUGUCAGUCGCACGGCGCCGAAUAGAAGAGUACUUACUUUGGUGGAGGUUGAAGAGCGACGGAGAGUCUGGUGGGCUAUUGUCAUUUUAGACCGCUUUGUGAGCAUCGGCUGCCCGGGACGGCCCUUUGCAACUGCAGAUCCAAAAUUGGAUGAUUAUUUACCGGCUGACGAUGCUGCAUGGGACCAGGGGACUGUCAAGCCCGAUAGGUUCUCGACUCUCUCGUCCCCAAUGACAGGACACAUGAGCAAGUUUGCUCUGCUCUGUCAAGCUGCCAGGCUAUUAGGCCAAGUUCUCCAUCACCUUUCAACAGACUUUACCAGCGAAGAUGAUGUUUGGAUACAGCUCGAUCGUACCCUGCAGUCAAUGCUAGCCGCUGCAUUGAAUAUCGACUGUCCGGACUAUGAUCAAAUCACGUUCGUGUACAGUGCCAUAGUCGCCCUUUAUACACCUUGGCUAUCAUCCGAUGCAGUUGAAGAAAUGGACAGCCCUCGCUCACAACGAGCGAAGGUUAUACUUCAACAGGUUACGGAGCGUAUUAAUGCAAAUCUUAUCGAGCGUCAAUGCUUCUUAGGUCGGGAUCCAGAGGAUAUGUCCCCGUGGGGUCUGUAUUUUGCUUAUCACAUCUGUGGGGCCCAUAUGCGGUCCAACAGUAAAGCACCGCAUGACCUUGAGGUGGCGAGGAGGCUACGUGAGGGGUUCACGGAUAUUGAUGUACGGUGGAAUGCUGCGGGUGUUUAUUUGAAGCUAUUGGAGGCCCAGGAGGCUAUGAAUUUGGAGGCGUGA